AUGGACUCUACCAUCCAGCCCCCGUUCGAUUUGCCCAUCCACCCUCCGCAGAGAGGGUUUAACGCAUACAUUCCCCCUGAUCUCGGGCGCCCUCUCUCGGAUCAAGCUCGUCGGGAGUAUGACGAGAUCAAGAGGAAGCACAUCGGCAGCUUGCCUGACCCGAGUGCCUAUGUCCCGCCGGCCUACGAGUCACCUGUCUCGUAUGACCGCCGGGCAUAUAUCGAGCUCAGGAAGAAUUUCCCACCCCGCCUGAGAUUGGACGGACCCAGCGAGACCAUCUCACACCCUGACCCAACCUCACAUUCAGCUCAAACCCCAGUCCUGAGCAGCAACCGCACCAUGGCCCAAGUCAUCAAGGCCCCGGGCCGCGAGCCCAUCGACGACGCGCAGAAGGUCGUCUACCUGGCGGGAAUGACGUCGCCACCCGACGCCGACUGGCGCGACGAGCUCGCCGACGCGCUCUCGCACCUGCGUCACGUCACCAUCGCGGACCCGUUCCGGCCCGACUGGGACGCCGAGUGGGAGGAGGAGAUGUCGCCGAAAUCCUUCACCGACCACGUGCGCUGGGAGCUCGACAUGCAGGAGCGCGCCGACGUGCUCGUCAUCCACUUCGGCGGCCGCCUCGACGCCGCCUCGUUCGAGGGCCGCACCAACGGCGGCGCCGCCCUCGGCGAGCUGCCCAAGACCCCCGUCAGCCUGCUCGAGCUCGGGCUCCGCGCCGGCUCCGGCCGCCGCUGCAUGGUCGUCUGCAACGACGGCUACUGGAGGCGCGGUAAUGUCCUGCUCGUCUGCGAGCGCUACAGCAUCCCCGUCUUCCCCAGCAUCGGCAAGCUGUCCAAGGUGCUCGAGGAGGAGCUGGCCAAGGCCGCUCCCGCCAAGAACAACCACGCCUGAACAAGGCCAAGCACGAGAUGCGGUGGAGGAGCUACGUCAUCUGGAUCCGGGUUUGUCGGACGAGGGAUCUAGCCAGGGAAGAGUGACGGAUAUCUGAACUCAAUAGUCUCUUCUUCUUGAGCUGGUGGUGAGAUCAGUGCAAGGAAGUAUGAAAGGAGAUUGGAGCUCGACCUAGUUCAGCCUAAGCAAGCCCGCGAUACUGUGGACCACCACACGCUUCUCUACCCAAGCAUGGAGGGUCUGUCUCCAUAGCACAUCACUCGAAUGACGCGCAGGCGCACAAAAGUACCAUAAUGCGGUGCUAGCUAGCAUAAAGUCAUAAUACAAAAAACACACAUCUCAGGAGAC